AUGCCGAAAAAGGAGGCGUCGAAACCUCCCUCUACUCACGUUCGAAUCCCUAUGAGCUAUGACAUGACCAAAGCACCCAAAGUGGCCAUCGGAGAAGGUCCACUCAGCCAGUACUUCAAAACUCGGCCUUCAACUACUCUACCUUCGCCGGACCAGUCUUUGCCGCCGCUCGAGUCGAUACAGCCAGCGAAAAGACCUAGACUCGAUUCAUCUCCUUAUCCCAUCAAGCAAGAACCUGAGCAUGAGGCAGACGAUACUGUCCCGAUCAAGAUUGAGAAAGAUGACCAUUUCGCAUUCGACAAUUACCCCAAGCUUCAAUACGAAUUCCCCGCCACUGAACUUGAUGAGGAUCAGCCGCUACAAUCAAGCCUUACCAACUUGUAUAUCGCAGAUCUCGAGCAAGCAUUCAAGCGCUUCCUGCCAUCUGAUAUCACCUUCAUCCAGCCACCCCGAUGUUGCACUCUGCUCGGUGGCGAGAUUGUCUUACAAGUCGGCGAACUUCCUGGAGGUGUGACUUUCGAUGACCUCGCCGCCUCUUUCGUCAAAGUAGCCCAGACUUCAAAGCUCAUCAUCUCCUCGUGGGUCGCAGCAGACGGAACCUCAUUGCACGCCAAGGUGGCACUCGAUGCAUGGAAAAGUACUCGUGUGGACCGUUACACUGGAUCUCGUAUCCACGAUAUGGGCAACAACCAAGAGAUCUUUUCGUUCAACCGUCCUCAGACCAUCAAGAUCACCCCAGGCAAGCAUCACGGUUGUCCCAACGUUCUCCUUGAGGACCAGCAGUUUCAAGAAUACCAAACAAUGAGCCUUCACCUCAUGACAAGUCUGCGUUUGAGUCCCCAAGACAACUCGGCUAUUCUGCAUCAUCUCGCCAACCAUGGAUUGUUAAUGAGCGAGCCUUACAGUCAUAUUCCGCACGACAAUAUGAUGUUUCGUGCUGCCGUCGAUGCCCUCCGUCAACCUUAUUUGACCGGGAUGCGUCCUUUCCUUGAGCCUGCACACAUCUUACCUGAUAUGCUGAAGGAUCUGCAAGCCAAUACCGUCGGUGUCUCGGAGGUCCGCAGAAACAUGAAGAACAAGUACCUCGUCGUCUUCUACGUUCACUCUCGCAAGUUCCAUGAAAGAUCUCGCGCUCUGGGUUCUUCUUAUUUCAUCCACUUCGAUGAGAGAUCUGCUUGCCAACCACAAGUGCACAUCUUGGAGACUAAGGCUGCCAAUCUCGAGAAUUGCCAUGUCUUGACGUUCGACGAACCACCUACCAAGCAAACGAUCGAAUCUGCCAUUGUCGAAGCAAGAGUUCAUUUGGGCGUCACAGGCAAGAGGACUACCAACACAAAACCCAUCGUUCUCUCGGAGCAGCUUUUCAGAUCCGAUGGUCUCACUGAGCGCAAUGUUUUGGACAAGUUCGCUGCCGAAUUGAAGACCGCCCUACUCAAGGACAAGGGCUCCGACUUCCAAAUCACCCUCAAGCUUUCCUCCGACCCGCCUCAAACUCAAGACCCUUACACCUAUGUCGUGUUUACUCGGCAGUCGGCAGAGGAGAGCGGCGGCUUGAAAAACACAUCCGUGCCGAGACAAGCUACGUCCAUACUCACGAAUCCCAAAAGCCCUAUCCGCAAUCUCAAGGCGAACGACAGAAUCCUUGUCGUUGUGGAGGUCUGCUCAAGUCACAAACAUCCUCUACAAGACCGCAAUAUAUUCGACAGACUUCCGCUCAACGAGAACCUCAUCUUUCUGUCUGCCAAUCCUGAUCGAAUCACCAGAAGACAUGAAGAAGUUGACGAGGUGCUCAAAUUCGGCAAAUGGUUCUCGUCUGGAAUGGAUGGCGCUCGUAGUGAAUGGUUUGAUGUGUCAGAGCAUGCUGAUGAGGUCAAAAGGCAUCUCCUUCUCGGUCGCCAGAGAGCUCUCCAGUCGUCCUACUAUACCAGCGUUGUGCAAGCCAUGACUCGCUGUCUUGAUGCAUCGAAAAAUUCAUACGUGCCCGAGCUUGAUACGAUGAAAGCGCGCAUCAACAACGUCUACGAGACAUCAAGCCUCCACCGCAUUCUUCUCUGCGUUAGAGUCUCGCCGAAUACCAGUCUCUCAGCCAAGAAUGAUAUCAACACAUCGCUCGUCAGACAACAAGAAUUCCUGAAUCUGAUGGUCCCUCCUGAACUGCACGACAAUACCGAGUUGUUGCGAGCAGAUAAGGUGUCCGCUACAGACCCAGACUUCUUGAAUCUCUUGUCAGAUCGCCUCUCGAAGAUGAAUGAGCCAACCCUCAUCCUUUCGACGACCAUCGAGCGCAUCACAAGAUCCCUUGAACACCUCUCCAUGAUCAAAAAUCUUUCAGAUGAUGGACACGUCUUUGCGUCACUCGUCUGGGACUCCAAGAUGCCAAUCGCUGCUUCUGAUCCUCUCAAAACGCAAGAAAGAUCCAAGGGCGGUUCGCUGAAGAUGCCGAAGAUCAUUCCAGUUGUUUGGUCUCCUUGUGACAACGAGACUCAAGCCCACGUGCAAAGACAUGUCCAGAAUGCGCAAGAUUGGGUCGACGCAGUCUCUCAUACAUCGUUCCAAGGUGAGGCUCGAGACGUGCCAGUCACAAUGAUAGCUCCCACAGCUGGUAAAAUCCUUGACCGAAACCAUUUGCUUGAAUGGCAUCAGUACCUGAACGCAGAAGCAUCAGUCCCAGUCAACGUUAUUGGCAACGCAGCCGAACUAGAGAAGCCUGGUUAUUCCAAGAAUGGCAACAAGAAGAAAAUUCCUGAGAAUUAUACGCAGAUUGACCGUAAAUGUGCUACCACCGGAUGCGAGAACCUGGCCCCAGCGAACACCCAAACAGGUUCGUACUGUAAAGCAUGUUUCCAGAAGUCAUUCUCGUCCGAGAGACAAUGCUGGACCGCCGGUUGCACCAACGCCGCCCCCUUCGGAGGUCCAACCGGCAAAGCCUGUCUCGGAUGUUCGCGCACGAACCCUGACAAGGACGCUUCUCGCCUUUGCGUCGAAGAAGGCUGCACCAAUUUGUCUCCCCCAGGUAAAGGAACGCGUUGCACACCUUGCCGUACUGCAAGAGGCAAGGUUCUACGUAAGGCAAGGGAGGCGAGAGCCGCUGAUACUGCUGCUGAAAUGGCUUCGAUCCUUUGA